AUGGCACGAGGUGCGUCAAAGUGGCGGCAAAGUCGCGCACAGCACACCCAGUUGGCAGCGUCCUUUAGCAUUGAAGCAUUGGCCGACACGCCCAUCGACGUCAAAGACGGCUCGUUCCGCCGAUGGACCAUCCACGACUACACGAGCCGAUACAAAGCCGGGACUGCCACGCCGUCGCAAGUCAUCGCAACGGUGCUCGACGCCAUCGACGCUUCGAAUGUAUUGUCCCCUCCCUUGUUGGCGUUCGUCAAAGUCAAUCGGGACGCCGUUCUCCAAGAAGCUGCCGCCGCCACUGAACGAUAUGCACGCGGCACCCCCCUGGGAGUGCUUGAUGGCGUUCCCGUCGCCGUGAAAGACGAGCUCAAUGUCGUCGGGUACACGACUUCAUUCGGCACGUCGUUCAUGAACGACAUGGCUACCGAGGACGAUGCUCCCAUCGCUCGCCUUCGCCAAGCUGGCGCCAUAUUCGUGGGGAAAACCAACAUGCACGAGAUCGGCAUGGGGACGUUUGGCAUCAACAUCUUCACUGGCACCCCUCGCAACCCAUACAACGACCAGCACAUGACCGGCGGGUCCUCCAGCGGGUCUGCCGCGGCCGUGGCAGCUGGCCUCGUGCCCCUCGCCAUCGGCUGCGACGGAGGGGGGUCGAUUCGAAUUCCCGCCGGAUUGUGCGGCAUCGUGGGGAUCAAGGCCACGUACAUGCGCGUUCCGUUCCACUUUCAAGGCGGUCCCAGUGUCGCGAACGUCGGGCCGUUGGCAGCCACGGUGCAGGAUCUGGCGUUGGCGUACGCGGUGCUCGGUGGGGCCGACCCCGACCAGCCGUUGAGUGUGUGCCAGCCCCCGCCGUUCGUGCUGCCCCCCUCGACGCCUCCGUCCUUGGCAGGGCUCCGGGUCGGCGUCUUUUCUGCCUACGUCGAAGGGUCGGAUCCGCAGAUUAAAUCGGCGUUCUGGGACACCGUCGCGUACUUGAGAGAACUGGGGGCCACGGUGGUCGAAGUGGAAAUUCCCCACCUCCAAGCGCUGCACUUGAGUCACUCGAUCACGAUUUUGACCGAGAUUUCGCUGCUGAUGGACACCCAACCCCAACAUUUGUUUAGCCCUGACGUUCAAAUCGCUCUGGCCCUUGGACAGGAAACGCUAGACUCGAUGGACUUUUUGGCGGCGCAAAAGGUGCGCGCGUAUGCUAUGGAAGCGACCGACGACUUGUUUGCCCAAGUGGAUGUAUUCGUCACGCCAACCACUGCAACUUUGGCCCCUCGACUGGAAAAUGACGUGUUCAAGGCGGGGCUGUCGGAAUUGUCGCUCACGACAGCCUUGAUGCGGUAUAUUCUCCUGGGGAAUAUGGUGGGCAUUCCAGGAUUAUCGGUGCCCGUGGGGUAUGCGACAGAGUCCAAUUUGCCCGUUUCCAUGCUGUUCCAGGCCAAACACUGGAACGAGCAUGUGCUGUUUGACGUCGCGCGACUCGUCGAAGCGCAUGCCGUCGCAAAAAAGCCCUCCGUGUACUAUUCCAUCUUGGAGUAACUAUGCGUCCAGAACGAAUAGGCCACUCAACACGUUUUUCGCGGAUUUGCAUUUCGCGUUGGUAAGAUGCUGUCAUAUUUUUAGCUUGAAA